UAUUCAUCCAAUCUUGGUAAAGCCAGAUCAAAAGAAAGCAUUCAUUAUUGUUAAUUUUUGUCCAAUAUGAAGUGGUGCAUAUAGACAAACAUCUACAUAGAAAUAUAGGGAAGCAAGCACCUGACAAAUCUGCUAUGUGAAAGGACACAUGCCCAAAUUGGACAGGCUGCACACAUCCCCUUCUGCUCCACAAUGCAGGCCUUUGUCCCAAAAAACAGGCGGCCCAAGUUCGAAUUUACAUUGCGGAUAAUUGACUUGAAUAACAUCCCGCUUGUCGUUGGGUCAUCUUACACAAAAUGGCACCUCCCGUCAUCUACUUCAGCUGAGCAUCGUGGGCAGACGGAUAAAGCUGUCAUCCAGGACCAUCGAGCUUCGUGGGACUACAGAAAGGUUCUACCCAUCAGACUUACUGUGGAUCGGAAUCAGAUGCUCCACGAAUGUGAAAUCUGUUUCGAGAUAAUCCAAGAGUUUAGCACUGGAAGCCGCGGGGAUAGGCAGCUGCUAGGCAACGUGCGACUUAACCUGGCCGAGUAUGUUGAGAAGAAUGAGGACGGCGAAGGAGUCACUAGGCGGUACUUGAUGCAGGACAGCAAAAUCAAUGGUACCCUAAAGGUCGGGAUUGUGAUGCGUCAGGUCGAAGGCGAAACCAACUUUGUCACGCCCCCUCUCAAAACUGCCAUGGUAUUCGGUGGGAUUGGCGGUUUUAUAUCCGCGGAGCAGGGCGACCUGCAAAAUUCAUCCUCUAUUCCCUCUAUUAAUAGCCGAAGUCGCGAGGCUGGCGAUUUGCAGGACAUGUACCGCCGUACGCUAGCUGCCUCCUGGGCGUGUCGAGCUGGCGAACUCCCCCCUGACCGUUUAAUCGAAGACAUCUUCGCGGGAGGUGACGGCUGGGAAUCAGGUGCCCCUAGUUUAAGACUAGACGAUGAUAAUGAAGACAUCACGUCGUUUAGUGAUGCCCACUCCCGGCAGACAAUUCGGGACGGUACGGUUGAUAGGAGGUCCAAAUCAUCCUUCGGAGGCCAUCGAAGAGGCCUUAGCAAGAGUAAAGAGAAUCUCGAACUUUCCGGAUACGAGAUGCGCCCAAGGAAAGGGAAAGCCAGGGAAGUCUCUGAGUUUGACCUUCGUGAAGACCUGAGGAGCUGGGAAAUUUCUACGCCCCAGUGAUUCGCGGCCCAGUAUCCCCGGAAUAUCGCGACUUUUACGGCAGGAAUAUAUACUGUGCACGAUUAGUGGAGCAGAAAUUUAGUCGGGUGCCGAACUGGCUCUUUAUAACGUUCUAUAUAAAUAUAUAAUAUACGAUUAAGAUCGCUUAUCAGCAUUACUGUAACAUUAUGGUGAUCGACAUAUCUUGAUGUAACUCGUCCUGCUUGAUUCAACGCGUACAUUUUUACAAUCCUUGUGCUUUCAUGGUCACCUGGUCAACCAUGCAGAAAUUUAUCAGCGAGAGAAACACUUUUAUAUGUUACGAUUAAUCAUCCUCGUGAUGUCUAUACUAUAUAUUUAAUUUAAUUCAAUAAUGCUCUGGUUCACGACAGUGGUUUUCGGCC